UUUGUAUGAUACAGUAUUAUCUAAUUAUUAGCUCAUUUGAGGUAUUGACUCACUCUCACCUUCCUGCCUCUGGUGUUCUCGCACAAGAUAAAACCAUAAAACAGCAUUCUGGGAUACCAUUCCAGGGUCGUGCCUCCUAGUCUUAGUGGCAGGAAUCACUGUGUUAGCCUGGAAGGGAUCACUAAAGGAUACUAAACAUUACAGGACGAAGAGCAGUCUCUAUACACUGCCAUCAUGACAGAUGAAGACGUUGUUAAGAAGGGCAAGUCAAAGGAGGUAUGUGGCUAUCCCCUAAGCAUAUUCUUCAUUGUUGUAAAUGAGUUCUGCGAGAGAUUCUCCUACUAUGGCAUGCGAGCUGUGCUGGUGCUGUACUUCAGGUACUUCCUUCGGUUUGAUGAUGACCUGGCCACCUCCAUCUACCACACCUUUGUGGCUCUGUGCUACCUGACUCCCAUCCUGGGAGCCAUUGUAGCAGACUCCUGGUUGGGCAAGUUUAAGACUAUCAUCUACUUGUCCAUUGUCUAUGCAAUUGGCCAGGUUGUGAUGGCAGUCAGCGCCAUUCAUGACAUCACGGACACAGACAGAGAUGGCACGCCAGACAACUUGACCUUGCAUAUUGUGCUGUCCAUGGUGGGCCUGCUCCUCAUUGCGCUGGGUACAGGUGGUAUCAAACCAUGUGUAGCUGCUUUUGGAGGAGACCAGUUUCAGGACCACCAGGCAAAACAGAGGAGCACUUUCUUCUCGGUUUUCUACCUGUGUAUCAAUGGUGGGAGUCUCCUGUCUACUAUCAUUACACCAAUCCUCAGAGGCCAGGAGUGUGGCAUCCACAGCCAGCAGAAGUGUUACCCUCUGGCCUUCGGUGUCCCUGCUGCGCUCAUGGUGGUCGCCCUUGUCGUGUUCAUAAUUGGAAGUGGUAUGUACCAUAAGACUGAACCGCAGGGAAACAUAAUGCUGGAUGUGUGUAAAUGUAUUGGGUUUGCAAUAAAGAACCGCUUCAGGCAUCGCAGCAAGACGUUCCCUAAGAGAGAACACUGGAUGGACUGGGCCGAUGAGAAAUAUGAUAAACUCCUCAUUGCUCAGAUAAAGAUGGUGCUGAAGGUUCUAUUUCUGUACAUUCCCCUUCCCAUGUUCUGGACCCUAUUUGACCAAAAGGGCUCUAGGUGGACUCUUCAGGCCACCACCAUGGAUGGGAACUUUGGAGCCCUCAUUCUGCAGCCUGAUCAAAUGCAGACUGUCAACCCUAUCCUGAUCCUGACUCUGGUACCGAUCAUGGACAGUGUGGUGUACCCACUGAUAAAGAAAUGUGGCCUGAACUUCACUCCUUUGAGGAGAAUGACAGUGGGGAUGUUUUUGGCAGCCAUGGCCUUUGUUGCUGCAGCUUUGGUACAGAUCCAGAUUGAUAAAACCUUGCCAACCUUCCCAUCAUCCUCCCAGAGCCAAUUAAAAUUACUCAACAUGGGCAGUAUCCCCUUGACAGUUACCCUACCCAAUAAUGAUCCAUUCGUCAUUGAAGCAGCUAAGGCUAGUGCAAAUUACCUUACAUUUGAGGAAGAAAGCAUCCAAGUUUCAUUUCAGAGUCCUGCAAUAUCUAGGACUAUUUCCUUAGCAAAGGACAAGCGACAAACACUUCUAAUUCCCUCAAACCUCAGUGCACCAAUGUGGGAAGUGACUGAUGAUGUGAUGGCAAAGCCAGAGCAAGGGGCCAAUGCAAUCAGAUUUGUUAAUGGUAUGGCUGGAGCGGUGAAUGUGUCAACUUUUGGAAGCAUUGACUACUCCUCUGCUUCCAACUACUCUCUCAUAUCAAAUGGAAAAGCCACCUUCACCAUUACCAAUGAUGCAAACACAUGUGAAUACUCCAGAGAAUUUGGAUUCGGGAGUUCUUACACUCUGCUUAUCCCCAGUCAUUUUGCAUGGGGCCCGACUUGCUCGGAAUCAAUUUCUGGGGUUGAGGAUAUCCAGCCCAACUCCUUCCACAUGGGCUGGCAGAUCCCCCAGUACUUCCUCAUGACAGCAGGAGAGGUGGUGUUCUCUGUUACUGGCCUGGAGUUCUCUUAUUCACAGGCACCGAGCAACAUGAAGGCAGUGCUACAAGCAGGCUGGCUGUUCACUGUAGCUAUUGGCAACUUUAUUGUCCUUAUUGUGGCUGAGAUUGCACAGAUCGAAGAGCAGUGGGCAGAGUUUGUCCUCUUCGCCUCCCUCCUAGUGGCAGUGUGUGUCAUCUUCUCCAUCAUGGCCUAUUUCUAUACCUACAUGGACCCUGCAGAGAUCGAGGCCCAGUUCAGGGACGAAGGUGGUAAGGAAGAAUCAGACAAAGAGGAGUUUCAAAUGCAGAAGAAAGAUUCCGUAGCCCAUCACAAUCAAGAUGAUGAAGCCAAACAAACCAAAAUGUAAAUUUCUGUAAAUUUGCAUAAAUGUGUGUGUGUGUGUGUG